GCAGCGGCCGCGAAGCCACAGCCCGCAGGAGUACCACACCCCGUCAGAAGAUGCACGAAUGAGCUCAAAGCCCAAAUGCAGACAGAUUUACCUUCUCGGAGUAUCUGGAAAGGCGCAGAAAGAUUUUCCAAUGGAUGCUCUGAGUACUGCAAAUGCCAACUUUGCCUUUGAUCUCUACGCAAAGCUAACAGAGAAAAAAAUUUAUGAGAACAUAUUUCUGUCUCCAUUGAGCGUCUCAGUUGCUUUGGGCAUGGUGUAUCUUGGAGCAAGAGGCAACACUGCGGAUCAAAUAGCCAAGGUUCUCCAUUUUGACAAAGAGCUUGAUGUGCAUGCAGGAUUUAAGGAACUAAUGGCUAAUAUCAACGAACCUGCCGCUUCUUAUCUCUUAAGACUGGCCAAUCGUAUUUAUGGAGAGAAAACAUUCAACAUUCUGCAAGAAUUUCAAAGCUCCAGCUUGAAAUACUAUGAGGCAGAAACGGCUGCAGUCAGUUUUGUACAACAACCAAACGCUGUCAGGAAUGAAAUCAAUACUUAUGUAGAAAAUAAGACUGAAGGUAAAAUCAAAGAUUUACUGUCAGAGACUGCGAUCACUUCAAACACAGUUCUUGUUCUUGUAAAUGCCAUCUACUUUAAAGGAAAAUGGAACCACAGAUUUCAAGAAGAAAACACAUAUGUAACAACGUUCAAGAUGAACAAGAAAAAGUCCACGUCAGUAAAUAUGAUGUACCAGGAGGGAAAUUUUAACUUUGCUUAUAUUGAUGAAUUCAAAACCAAAGUUCUUGAGCUUCCUUAUGAAAAGAAGGAUCUGAGUAUGUUCAUCUUUCUGCCCAAUGACAUCAGUGACAACUCAACUGGAUUGGAAAAGCUUGAAAAGGCACUUGCCAACAAGACUCUGCUCAAAUCGAUUAAGCUGGGAACUAUGAAGGAAAUAAAACUUGCUGUUCAUCUACCCAGAUUUAAAAUAGAGGACCAGUUUAAUCUUGAACGUGAACUUCCAGGAAUGGGAAUGAUAGAUGCCUUUGAUCCAUCAAAGGCCAAUCUCUCUGGCAUGUUUGAGAAAAAUCUCUCUCUGUCAAUGGUUAUUCAUAAAUCCUUCGUGGAAGUUAAUGAAGAGGGGACUGAAGCAGCUGCAGCCACAGCAGUAACAAUAGAACGCACCACUUCUGUACCAACAGAAACUUUUGUAGCAGAUCAUCCCUUCAUGUUUUUCAUCAAACACAACAAAACACAAAACAUUUUGUUCAUUGGCAAAUACUGUUACCCAAUGGGUGAUGCUGCAGAAAAUCGGGACACAGGCAACAUGACACAGCAGAUCCAAAGCCAGAUAAAGCAGGUCCAAAGCCAGACAUAAAUACAGCAAGAGCAGGAAGGAGCCAGUUACUGCUUCAAGUAAAUAAUUGCAUUACGCCACACUAGGGAAUACCUCAGUUGCCAAUUUGUGAAUGGAGGCAAUCUGGUAUUGGGCUCAUUUUAAUGUACCUUAGGAUGAUGCAUUUAAAAUAUCCUCUUGCUGGUGACUGCUGUAUAUUCGUAGUUUCUUUGGGAAUUUAGUUCUAAGCUCACUUCUAAGGUGAAUAACUUUCUGCAUGUUUUGCUUUCACUAUUUUGAUGAUUAAAAAUGGUACGCUUGGACUAUCACGAAUAUGAAUUGCAGAACAUUAUUUUGUUCAGUAACUCAAAUUAAGAAAUUUA